GAGAGAUGUCCGUGUUCAAAAAUCUUGGCAACAUUGCCGGCAUGAUGCAGCAAGCUCAACAAGUCGGGCAAGAGAUGAAAGCGAUGCAGGAAGAACUCCGCAACAAACGUGUGGAAGGAACUGCAGGCGCCGGCUUAGUAAAAGCGGUUUGCACCGGACAUGGCGAGCUGGUCAGCAUCACCAUUGAUCCCCAGUUGAUCACCGAUGGCGAUAAAGACCUGAUCGAAGAGUUGAUCCCUCAAGCGGUCAACGAUGCUCAAGCCAAAGGCAUCGGCCGUAAAAGUGCCGAGCGUGUUGCCUAUCAUAUCCUCCGCGUUCCUACCGACGAAGCGAUGGGACUUUCGGAUGCAAUUCGGGACGUCAAACAAAACGUUCGCUAUUGCAGCCAGUGUUUCAAUUUGUCGGAAGGGGAACUCUGCACGAUCUGCCAAGACCCGCAACGCGAUGCUUCGCUGCUGUGCGUUGUGGAACAGCCCCGCGAUUUGAUUGCCUUGGAACAGUCAGGCGUUUUCCCUGGCGUGUACCACGUUUUGCUCGGCCGGAUUGCACCUCUGGAAGGUGUCGGCCCCGACCAGCUAACGAUCGACGCGCUUGUAUCGCGCGUUACUAAAGGUGAGAUACGUGAGGUGGUCAUGGCGACAAAUCCAACCACGGAAGGAGACGGAACGGCACUGCACAUUUCAAGCUUGCUGUCCGAGUUCCCCGUUAAGUUGACACGAUUGGCUCGAGGCGUGACCGCCGGAAGCGUCCUCGAAUUCGCCAACAAAGAAGUUCUGGCUCCACGGAUGAUUCAAUCCAUGGAGAUCCUGCAACUGCCAGUUCUGGCCCUUCAAGAGAAGAUCGAGCAGGAGAUGAACGAGAAUCCGAUGCUCGAAGUCCAAGAGCAGGAUGGUAGCGAUACCGAAGAUUCUCCACGAGAAGAGCCAGACGCUCCUGCCGAUUCAGAGCAAGAGUUCGUCGUUGAAGAUGGCAAAGAUAACGCCGACGACUUCGAACGCUUGUUGGAAAUGGAUCAGCAGUAUCCCGACACCUUCGAUGAACGGCCCCAGCGAUCGUCGGGCCAAAUGGAAGAAGACGCCGAGCGCCGUAUGGAUGCUUUGGCGAACGUCCAAUCGCGCCCUCAAACUUUGCAAGACCACCUGGAACACCAGUUGGCUGAACUGUCGAUCGAACCGAUCGUUCGCGAAUGGGCCGAGCGGAUCAUCUCGGCACUCGACUCCAAUGGCUAUCUCACCACAAGCCUCGAAGACUUAUUGCCGGCCGACGCCGAUGACGAAUUGAAAGACAUCGCCCAAGAAGCACUUCAUGUCGUUCAAUCGUUGGAACCUGCCGGCGUUGGAGCGCGGGAUCUGCGGGAAUGUCUGCUGUUACAAAUCGAUCCAUCGCGUAUGUUCUUUGACGAACUCCGUACGUUGAUCAUGAAUCACCUGGAAGACCUUCGUGACAAUCGACUUCCACAGAUUCAGAAAGCGACCGGCUUUUCGAUCGAACGCAUUCAAGCGGCGUGGAGCGAGAUGCGCCGCCUCGAUCCUAAACCAGGUUCGAUCUACAACGAUGCUCAUGUCGCCAAUGUCAUUCCUGACUUGAUGCUGGAUAUCGACGAAGAUGGGAAGUACAUCGUUCAAGCCGAAGACCGAGACAUUCCGCAGUUGCGAAUCAGCAACUACUACCGCGAACGCCUUUCCAGCCCGACGGCUACUCGGGAAGAAAAGGAGUUCAUCAAGCGUAAACUUAAC